AUGCGCUCUCGACCAAUCGGAAUCCAUCGAUUUUGGCGCUGAUCGUCGAGACUGGGGCCUGCAGCAGGGCGCCUUUGUUACAGCUAGAGGGAGAGAAAGGCGAUUAGCCCUGGCGGAAAACGUUUUACCGCAUGAUGCCAAAUCUAGUAGGGUAAACAUCAUCUAUUAGCAGGGAACAACAAACAAGCAGAAAGAGAGAGAGAAAAAAACAACAACAAUCCAAGUAGACAUUGUUGGGCACCUCUGCGAUCACCAUGCAGCCGGGCACUGAGUGAGCGAAUAGCCCCAUUCCUCGAUUGAGCGUCGCGGCCUUCUCCUGCAGACACCUCCAGCGGUCUCUUUUGUUGUGCUCUGAUUGUGUAUUGCAUCAGGAAACGCCAACACUGGGGGUCUGGUUAGAAUGGAACACAGUGCAGGCCCCGUAAAAGAAAGGGAAUGUUAAGGAUGCUGGAGCAGAACAAUGGAUUUCUCCUUCUCUUUCAUGCAAGGGAUCAUGGGAAACACAAUUCAGCAACCCCCUCAACUAAUUGACUCGGCUAAUAUCCGCCAAGACGAAGUGUAUGAUGCUGGCAGUGAAAAUGGUGAUGAUGUUGUGCCAUCAGCCUAUGGUGCUGCCCUGGAGACUGGUUUUUCUUUACCUCCUUCAACCACUGAUGAUUUGCCUUCAGUCCCCAAUGGCUACCCCGCGAACAUUAGCCUUUAUGAGUCACAGACCAAGUACCCUGUGUAUUCUCAGUUUCCUAAUGGGUCUGCUAAUGGAUAUUCUGCCAUUCGAAGUUAUAGUACCAGUGAUAAUCACUGUCUUCUUUCACCUGAAAAUACCAUGUUAAGGCCUUUAGUUCAUGAGAAGGUCCCUGCUUCUCCUUCACCUUCUCAGUUGGCUUCUUCAGUUCUUCCAUCCUUAAUCCUUCCUUCAUCACCACCCCCUACACUUCCUUCUAUUACAACUGUAAUAACUACUCCACCUCAAUCUCAACUGCCUAUUACUCCCAAAAAGAAUAGUUCCCCUGAAAUUAAGUUAAAGAUUAUAAAAACAUACCAUAACGGGAGAGAGCUAUUUGAAUCAUCACUUUGUGGCGAUUUGCUUAAUGAAGUACAAGCUUAUGAGACUUCACAGAGAAAACAUGAACGUAAAAAGGAAAAAAGGAAAAAAAGCAAGCACAAUUUGCACAAACGAGAGGAACAUGUUCUAGCACCAGUUGUAGAACAGACUCCUGAACAAGAUCAUGAACUACAAUCAGUCCAGGUGCAGGCUGAAAAGUCCAAACUUGAAGAGAUGCACCAGAAUCGCAAACCUCCCAAAACUACUCCAAAAGAGCGAAAAGUUCAGAAGCACUUUCCUACAGUCAUUGUUGGUCGAAGCUGUUGCAUGGACCACCAGGUUGGAGAUCUCGUAUGGUCCAAAGUUGGCACCUAUCCUUGGUGGCCUUGUAUGGUAUCAUGUGAUCCUCAGUUAAAUGUUCAUACCAGAAUAAACUCACGAGGUCAUCGUGAAUAUCAUGUGCAGUUUUUUGGAAGCUUACCUGAAAGAGCAUGGAUUCAUGAGAAGAGGGUAGUGAUAUAUGAAGGCAGCUAUCAGUUUGACCAGUUGCAGGCAGAAACACUCAGACAAGCCUCAAACCAAGCAAAGCGGCACAAGCUUCUGAGGCCUAUCCCACAAAGAGAGCGUGCUCAGUGGGAGAUUGGCAUAGGACAUGCAGAGGAUGCACUUCAGAUGACAAGAGAGGAAAGAAUUGAGAACUAUACAUUUAUUUAUGUGGACAAAGAACCUGAACAUUUCCCACCUCAGGCAGAAAAAAAUAGUCAAGCUGCCAAAUUGGAUAACAAGAAAACACAUUGGUCUAGGACUGUAGCUAGCCCUCAGCCUGACUUUGUCACAGAUGCAAUACCUUCAGUUGCAGCUGAAGUAACUUCUACACAACCCAGUCCUGAGAACAGACGGCAACGCCCAAGAAGGCAGUGCACCUCAAGCACCACUGAGGAGCCACCGUUGCUGCCCCCAUCUGUGGUAAAAACCCCCUGGAAGACAGCUGCUGCCAGAAAGUUGCUUCCUCCUUGUAUCACCAUGAAAAAAGUGAGUGUGGAGCUACAGCACUGUGAAGCUCUCCCUAUGCCCGAUAAAGUUCCAGCACCAUUAAAAAUAAAGGAAGAGGCGGAAGAAGAAGACAAAUUUGAGCAGAUGGAUUAUGGUCCACGGGUUGCAGUGAGUAAACCUGAAGUCACGUUGAAGGAACAGGAGAAACCUGUUGUCUGUCAAAUGAGCAGGAGAAGUGAACAUAAUUUAGGACAACAUUCCAUGGCUGUUGAAACUCCACCAGAAAGAAAACAGCAGAGACGAUCAGUGAGAAGUCGUUCAGAAUCUGAAAAGAUUGUUGAGCCAGUACCUAAGAAGAAAGUUAAGAAAGAACAGGCAGAGACCUUGCCCCAAGCAACAUUAAAAACUGGAUCUCAAAAAGGUGCUAGUGAAAUUUCUGAUUCUUGCAAACCUUUAAAGAAAAGGAGUCGAGCUUCAACAGAUGUAGAAAUGGCUAGCUCUCAGUACAGAGAUACAUCUGACUCUGACUCAAGAGGUCUGAAUGACCCACAGUUGGGUAAACAGUCUACAAGUCCUGCAGCAACUGAUGUGGAUGGUUCUGAUGCACAGUCUGUGGAUUCUAGUUUAUCUAGGCAAGGAUCAAACACUGCCAAAAAAGACACAGUAUGUCAGAUUUGUGAGAGCUAUGGUGACACCCUAGUUGCAUGUGAAGGAGAAUGCUUUAGACUGUUCCACCUUGAAUGCCUUGGGAUGAACAAACUCUCUGAAGGAAAAUUUAUCUGCUUGGAAUGCAAAAAAGGUGCUCAUACUUGCUUUUCUUGUAAGAUGUCGGGAACAUCAGGGUCAGAGGUGAAGCGCUGCCUAGUCACUGGAUGUGGCCGGUUUUAUCAUGAGUCUUGUGUGCGCAAGUACUCCACACCAGUUUUUGAGUCUAAAGGAUUUCGCUGUCCACAGCACAGCUGUGCCACUUGCACAUUAGAAAGAGACCUUCACAAAGCAACUAAAGGGCGCAUGAUGAGAUGUUUUCGCUGUCCAAUAGCCUAUCAUACAGGAGAUAGCUGCAUUGCUGCAGGCAGUGUUGUGCUCACUCCCCAUAUUAUUAUUUGUAGCAAUCAUUCGGGUACCAAAAAAAAUGGACACAUACCAUCUCCUGUUAAUGUAGGCUGGUGUUUCAUCUGUGCCAGAGUUUGUUUGCAGACCAGUAUGAACAGGAUUUUAGUGCAGGACCAUUCUGACAGCUUAUUAUGUUCGUAUGCCUAUAAGUCCCACUAUCUUCUGACCGAGUCAAAUCGUGCUGAGUUGAUGAAAUUACCUAUGAUUCCUUCCUCUUCGUCAGCUACCAAAAAGAAUUGUGGGAAAGGUGGAAAACUGCUAUGCUGCGAGUCCUGUCCUGCAUCCUUUCACCCUGAUUGUUUAAAUAUAAGUAUGCCGGAUGGAGUAUGGUACUGCAACGAGUGUAAAAUUGGGAAAAAACCUCGCUACAAGCAGAUUGUGUGGGUCAAACUUGGAAAUUACAGAUGGUGGCCAGCAGAAAUUUGCAAUCCUCGAUUGGUACCAUUCAACAUUCAAACCUUGAAACACGACAUUGGAGACUUUCCAGUAUUUUUCUUUGGCUCUCAUGACUACUACUGGAUAAACCAAGGCAGAGUCUUUCCAUAUGUAGAAAGUGACAAAGGUUUUGCUGAUGGUCAAAUUAGUAUUAACAAGACAUUCAAAAAAGCCCUUGAAGAAGCUGCAAAAAGAUUCCAGGAACUCAAAGCCCAAAGAGAAAGCAAGGAGGCACUAGAAAUGGAGAGAAAUUCCAGAAAGCCACCACCCUACAAGUUUAUUAAGUUCAACAAACCUUUUGGAAAAGUUCAGAUCCAUGUAGCAGAUCUCUCCGAGAUCCCACGAUGUAACUGCAGGCCUAAAGAUGAAAAUCCUUGUGGACUAGACUCACAGUGUCUUAAUCGAAUGUUGCAGUACGAGUGUCACCCCCAGGUGUGCCCUGCAGGAGAGAACUGCCAAAACCAAUGUUUCUCCAAGCGUCUCUAUCCAGAAACAGAGGUUAUCAAAACUGAUGGUCGUGGAUGGGGUCUUAAAACAAAGCAGGAUUUAAAAAAGGGUGAAUUUGUGAAUGAGUACGUGGGAGAAGUGAUCGAUUCGGAGGAGUGCAGGCAGCGUAUCAAACUUGCUCAUGAAAACCACGUCACCAAUUUCUACAUGCUUACGCUAACAAAGGAUCGAAUCAUUGAUGCUGGACCCAAAGGGAACUACUCUCGUUUCAUGAACCACAGCUGUAAUCCAAACUGUGAGACACAGAAAUGGACAGUCAGUGGUGAUGUCAGAAUUGGACUGUUUGCCCUUUGUGAUAUACCAGCUGAUACUGAGUUGACUUUCAAUUACAAUCUGGAUUGUCUGGGCAAUGGAAGAACCACUUGCCACUGUGGAGCAGACAAUUGUAGUGGGUUUUUAGGAGUCAGACCCAAGAGUGCAGUGGUUAUUGAAAAGGAGGAAAAAGCCAAGAAUGCUAAAUUAAAAGCAAAAAAGCGUAAAUUUAGACCUGAGGCGAAGCUGACACAUGAAUAUUUUUGUUUUCACUGUGGAGAAGGGGGAGAAUUGGUGAUGUGUGAUAAAAAAGACUGCUCUAAGGCAUACCAUCUUUUAUGCCUUAAUCUGACCAAGCCACCACAUGGUCGAUGGGAAUGUCCUUGGCAUCAGUGUAGCAUCUGUAAGAAUACAUCAGUCUCUUUUUGUGAGUUCUGCCCCAACUCUUUCUGUAAGGAGCAUGAGAAAGGAUCUUUGGUGCACUCAUCUCUGGAAGGUCGUCUGUGCUGUUCCAACCACAAUCCCAAAUGUCCUCUGUCUCCGGAAUCAUUUAGUAAAGUGAAAAUCAAGGAGGAGCCACAAGACCAAGGAGAAGGAAUGGCAGAAUGAGCCUGGUGUUUUUUAAACACAGAAAUAUAUUAAGUAACUUUGUCAAAAAAAUCUUGAUAUAUAAUUUAUGAAACUGGAAGAUAUGUUCUUUGUCUGGCAUUCACAGCAAAUAGUUUUUUAAGACUUUCAAAUCUAACUUUUUAGCUGUUUGCAGCAGACCAGGAUCUGUUUUGCAAGAGGAAUCUUCAUUUUUAUUUUGAUUGAAGAGAAGAACCAAAUUUAGCAGUAUUGGUAAAGGCACUUUUAGAAAAAAAACUUGCUGAUGUUCAACGAGUUGCCUAUGUGCUGUACUUGUUUACCUGCUGUGAGCUGUGGUUGUCUGGUCUAUCUUGAUAAUGCCAGUGUAUUUUCAUUUUAUGCCUUGCAAUUUGUUAAGGCCAUAAGACUGAGCUGAUUCAUAACUCUUACACUUGGCUUAUCACUUUAAAAAUAAGACUUUUUUUCUGUAUGUAUGGUAUGUAUGUGUGUGGGUGUAUGUGUGUGUGUAUGAUAUAUAUAUAUAUAUAUAUAUAUAUAUAUAUAUAUAUAUAUAUAUAUAUAUAUAUAUAUAUAUAUAUAUAUAUAUAUAUAUAUAUAUGAUACACACACAUACACACACAUCUAUCUAUAUUACUUGCAUUUCUGUAUACCUCUCAAAAAGUUUUUUGUGCAAUUUUAACGGAUAUACACUACAUUUUCGGAUGUCUGAAAUUUAUAUCUGCAUAUCCUAUUAAGAAGAGGGUUUGAAGGGUCUCUUUGACCAUUUGCUUUAUAUACUGUGGCAGCAUAUUUGUAUUAAGGAAGUGUAAGCCAUUUUGGCCAGAAUUGUAUGCAAGACCAUGAGUGGAUAUUGAAAAGGAGGAAACUUCGAAGUAUGAGUAAUGGUUACAAAUGGAACAUGGGGUGGGAAUUUGCAAGAGAGCUGAGUAUCUGAUCACAGUCCUCCAUGUGCAGCAUAUAUUUUAAUGUCUCCAUACUUACAUUAAGGUUCUAGUUUUGUUGUGGAAAUGAUUUGUCAGUUCAUCUCUGAGUCUGUUGUGUGCAUUCCUAGAGCCAUUUUUUUACAUUAACUUGCACAUGUAAUAUUCUGAAGACUAUACUGGUUGAUGUUUAAUUUAUUUGUAUGUAUUUAUUUUUUAUUGUUGUCUUUAAUGUUGGCAAAGAAAUAAUAGGUCUUUGACAUUUAGCUGUUGAUUUUGUUACAAAAUUUAAUACCCACUAAUAGUUGAGGAAGAAAUAAUAAGCAAAUUGGACUCUGUUGAUGCCAGGGACUAUAUAUAGUGCUAGAUAGUUAACUUUCCUUAAAAAGUCAGAGAGAAAUAGUAGAGCGAAAAAAAUUAUCAUCAGGUCUCAGAGGAAUUGUCGACAGAUUUUUUUAUUGCUGAACAUGUCCUACUGGAGAGCUCUUGACAUCUAAGCAGACUUUUUUGUUGUCUAUAAAUAAGUUUUUUUAUAUAUACAUUUAUAUAGACUGUUAGCACAAAAUGUCUGUUAAAUUACACCAACAUGGUUCCAUACGACAUCACAUCGGUUUCAGUACCUAUUUUAGUGACAUUUGCUACUCUGUCAGAAUACUGUACAAUCUCAAAGUCAUCACUAACCAAAAAGUCUCUGUGUGAAUGGAUUGUGUGUUUUGCUUUUUUCCUGUUAUUUGUAAAUGUAAAAAAAGUUCUGAAAGCUCUUCAUUGUUUAUUUAUAUGGCACAAGGAGAAGAACUGUUUAGGGUCUCUGUCUCUUGCAUAUUUCUAUACUAUUCCAUAUCUUUAGUGAGUGGGGAAAAAAGAUUCUAGAGCUCCUCAUAUCAAAAACAAUUGAGUUUUCUAUGUUGUAUUAAGACACAUAUAAAUAAUUACAUUCUAAAGUGCAAUUCUGGCAGAUUCCAUCUAAAAAAUCCCCACAUAAGUGUGUAAUAAAAUAUGUAUAUCUGUACACAUCCAUAUAUUCUAUAUGUUUAUGUGUGUAUGGGUGGCUGUAAUCACGUGUGUGUGAAUGUGUCUGUGUGUGAGUAAACAGUAUACAUAUACAGUAUAUGUAUAUACAUGUGUGCAGUGUAUAUAUGUGUGUGUAUGUGUGUGUGUGUGUAUGUAUAUAUAUGUAUAUAUAUGUAUAUAUAUAUAUAUAUAUAUAUAUAUAUAUAUAUAUAAGCAUUUAUACAUACAUGUGCACACAUUAUAUAUAAAUAUCUUAGUUCAUUUGGUGCUACCAUCAUGCCUUGGGUGUCUUAUCUUCACUUGGUUUUCUUACUUGACUUCUUUUCAGGAAUCAUGUUAACUUGUGAGGUAAUUUUAAUAUUUGUGGCAUUUCAGUCUUUUAACUUUCUGUGGACAUUUGUGAAGAGCUGUUUGUUAAUUUUAGCAACAGAACUUUUCAAUUGACUGUAAAUUUGUAUGCACAUUAUUUAGGAAUUUGAGGGUGGGAUUAAACAAGCAGAAACCCUUCUUACCCAUGAACUAUGAAAUAUAUUUUUUGUAUUUGGUUAUCUUCAUUGGAGGCAUAACAAGUCCUCAAGGAAGGAUGCACUAAUGAUAUACAGUAUAAUGCUUGAAGUCAUAGAUGGAUCAUAUUUUGUAAAGUUGAGCUCAAGGAAUUUAAGUGUCACUUUUAAAGGAAAAGUAUGCAUGUACAGAUACAGAAUCGUCUGUUUUUUGCAGUGAGUGUGGACGGGUGUCCAUUCUGACUCAUUAGCUCUCGGCUCUUUUGGACUUAAGUCAACCAAAUGUUUUAGCUGCACCAUUGGUACGAUGAAAGUCACUUUAUGUUUUUUUUAAAACAAAACGAAACUGCCUUUUAAUUUCAGGUGUUCCUCAUUGUGAUUACUUGAAUUUAUUAUUUUUUACGUUUAUUUUUCAUUGUCUUUAUUUAUAGUAAAAGAAUAUAUAUAUAUAUAUAUUAUUUUAUUACUGCAUUGUGUUUCUUUGUAUUGUAUUUCAAAGUCCAAUCAUGUUCUGUGUUUCUUUCGUCUGGGGGGUGGGGCGAUGGGAUCGGGCUCACUUGGUACAUUGAAAAUAUUGUCACAUCUUUUCUAGAAUGUAGAUAGCCCCAGUUAUCAUGUACAGUAUGUGGCAUGUGUUUCUUUUAAAGCAAUGUUUACUCAUUGCAAAAUGUAAGCAUUUUUUAUUCUUCAAUAAACGAAAAUUAUUUUUUUAAGAAUGUUACGUAAAAAAAGUAAAAACAAAAAAAGUGUACACUACAUAGAAAAACAAUUAAAAGCCUCUUUGCAUCUUAAAAAAAAAUUCCUUUGGUCUGCACUUUACAUAGUGAAGGCAAGAAGUUUAGUUCCCUGGCUCCUUUUUUUGCAAGUCUGUUUGCUUAUGUUGAUUUGCAAUCUAAUAAAUGUUUGAUUGCAAAAAGGUGCACACUCCAAAAAGUGCUUAUCUAUCUUGUUUUGCAACCUGCUUACUGAAUUGGAACACUUUGCAUCUAUUGCCAUCGUUGUAUUAUUUUGCCUUUUUAAAUGUUACGUUCAUGUGUUUUAAUAAUGUUGAAUAUGCUUCUGACAAAAGAAAAAUCAUAAAUUACAUAUAAUAGCACAAUUCUUAAUCUUUUAAAGCAAUAUAGUUAAAUUCAGGCUGCCAAAAAAAAAAUUUAAUUUAAGCCUUCAAUAGUGUACAUUUAUUUUCAGUCAGGUUCACUAUUCUGAGUGUUCCAUGUAGAGAAAUCUUUAGUCUUUGCUAGACUUCUGUUAAUUUAUUUGUUGCUUCAGUUGUGUGUCUGCCAUUUGCUGCUCUCCCUGUGUGCCUCUUUGUGUUUUUUUUUGCCUCUCUAAUACAGAAAUAGCAGCAAUGAUUUUAGGUUAAGUUGCAAAUUAGUAAUUUUGUUUUGCUCAGAAACAUACCACCGUACUAAGUCUAAAUUAUUAUAAAAAUAACAAGUACAAAUUAUAUCUGCUGCCCGUUUAAAGGUGACAAAAGUACUAAUUCCAUGAGGUAAUAAUUUUUUUCUAAAACCAUAAAUAAAGGGAAUUUGAAAUCUUGAAGGAUAGAUUUUCAUUCUAUCAUUAUAUGUUGAGGAAAAAUAAGACAUUUGUAGAUUUUGUGAAACACUGUAUCCAUUUAUUAUCCCAUAAUUCAUUUAUAUAUGGUAAAGAUGUUAAAUAUUAAAAUACUGAGGAUGGCUUGGACAAAUGAGUAAAUAAAACUAUUUUGAAACCUUAUAGUACUCGGUCUCCAAGGUGUGAGGAAGGGAGGGGGUUAUUACUGUAUCUUUCAAUGUUACUGUUUUUGUUACUGUUUUUACAUUUUUUUUUAUUUAAAAAGCAAACAAAAAGGAUGUUUUUUGACCUCUUUGUAAAGAAUAAUGCUUGUCUAACCUUGUAUAUAGCUAGCCAAUCGGAUUGCCAUUAGUCGUCAUGUAUUUAGGGUUCCUGCAAUAUUCUGCUUCUAAUGAAUGUGUGUGACUGUAGAAACGUAUAAUUUUUGUACAUUAUAUUGACUGAGAUGUAUUUUUUAUUUUACAUAUUUUGGAAUUUCAGAUGUGUUUACGUUUUAAUGCAAGAAUUUCCAUUCUUAAGGGGUUUUUAAACAACAUUCCACAAAUUGAAUCUGUUUCAGAAUUGCUUGAGGUUUGACUUCAAUAAAACUAUUCUGAUUGUUCCAGCCUGAUAUGGGCACUA